AUGACUAGGUUCCGGGAGCAGGCGAUCGGGUUUGUAGCCGACGUAGAAAGUAUGUUCCACGCAUUCCAAGUAAGCCAAGAACACCGCGAUCUCAUGCGCUUCUUUUGGUGGGAAGACAACGACCCUAAGAAGCAGGUAAUCACAUACCGCGCUCGAGUGCACGUCUUCGGUAAUACGUUCAGCCCUGCUGUAGCGACUACGUGUUUAAGAAAGGCAGCCGAGGGCAUCGAAGGGAAGACCGAGGAUUUGAAAACAUCCCCUCAUUACCUAAGUGCGCAGUCCUACAUCGUCUCGCACUUUUAUUGCGACGACGGCCUGGGUACAGCGGCAAGUGCCCCAGACGCCAUCGGAGUCCUUUCCAUGGCUAAGAACAUCUUAGCACGGUAUGAGAUUCGGCUGCAUAAGAUAGUGUCCAAUUCGCCAGAGGUUCUCGCCGCUUUCUCGCCCAGCGAAAGAGCGAUUGAGUCCGAAGUGGAGUUUUUCAACGCCCCGACUCACAGCACUCUCGGCGUAGCUUGGAAUGUCUUAGACGACUGUUUCACGCUCAAGGUCAGUCUUCCGGAGAGGCCUUUUACGAGGCGUGGAAUGUUAUCCGUGACUAACUCGAUCUACGAUCCCAUCGGUUUCGUUUGCCCAGUCAUCCUAGGCGGUAAGCUCAUCAUGCGCAAGGUCUUAUCGGAGGUGACUCUGGGCUCUGAAAGGCGCCCAGACUGGGACGAUCCUCUCGAAAGUCACCAGUUACAAGAGUGGACGAACUGGCUCUCCAGCCUUCAGGCCCUGCAUUUACUGAGUAUUCCCCGGUGCUUUUUACUGCCCGAGGCCGGCGAUGUAGUACUGCAGACGCUGCACGUCUUCGCGGACGCUUCCCUGGAUGCCAUUGGCAACGUAUGCUAUCUUCGCUCUACGAAUAGCGAAGGAGAAGUUAAUGUGGCCUUUGUGCACGGAGAGAGCAAAUUAGCUCCACGAGCGGCGACGUCCAUUCCCAGACUGGAACUCUGUGCCGCCGUCGAGGCUGUCUCUUCUAGCCAACAUAUCAUCAACGACCUGAAGCGACCGGUAGACGGAAUUUAUUACUAUUCCGACAGCCGGGUCGUUCUAGCCUACAUCAAGAACGAGAGCAAGAGAUUCAGCCGCUACGUACAACGCAGAGAAGACCUGAUUCGUCACUCGAGUCAGCCGUCAGAAUGGACUUACCUAGACAUUGCCUCGAACCCAGCUGAUCACGCAUCGAGACCUACCGAGCCCGGUUCUUUGCAGCGUUCAAUGUGGUUAACCGGACCUCCCUUCCUUAUGACCUCGCCCGCUCCAGCUCCUCAAAAUGGAACGGAGCCCGACUCGGACUUUCGGGCACUCCCAGAAGAAGAAAGUCCUGUCGUCUGUGCGUUGCAGACCAAGAAAUCAGUCAAUAGCGCGGUCUCCCAGCGGUUGUGA